GCACGUGCCGUUUAAUUGCACUGCGCUGCGGCGGACAUUGACGACGCUCUUGGCCUUGACGUUUGGCGCCUCGCAAGGCUCAUCCAUCGCGUCAAUACACGCUAUGGACCGAGCCAGCGUUGUCGCUUCUUCAAGCGCAACAACAGCCCUCAUCUGCCUGUGCUUCACAGUCGCAGCCUGGAACGCCGAGCAUCAGGUGUACCAGACCGUCGAGGAGCUCUGCAAUGCUUUUUCGAAUCUGAUGUGCUGCCUCGAGGGGAUCCAGCCCUUCGUGUACUCUGUUCCGUACCUCAUGGACGCGUACAUGCGCCUCUUUCUCCUCUGGGCAAAAGUGUUCGUGAGGAUGCUCAUGGUCAUCGAGCUUUCGGGCUCGGACAACGACGACGAGCUGGAGAACCACGCCAUGCUCCUCUUCCUGGGUAAGACGCUGCUCUAUGAAACUUUUGACUCACUGGACGAUUAG